CGGUGUUGUGGUCGUCAAUUUUAAAUGUUUAUUUUUGUUCAGAAAUGCUCUAUUUAUUGUAAUUUGUUUAUACAUGUUCGAAAAAUACUUUAAUUAUUACAGCUAGUUAUAUUUAUGAUGUCUAAUUAUCUCUACAUUAUCUAACCUAUAGUAAAAAAGUUUUUAACAAGUUAUAUUGUACAAAAAGUCUUGUAAAAAUGUCUUAUACAUUGCCCAGCAGCAAAAUGUACCCCGCAAAUCACAAGACGGUUUUCGUGCUGGACCACACGCCGUAUUUUGGAAUAUCCUGCGAAAAUGUGAUCGAAUUUGAGUUUCUGAAAGGCAGAACUUCCAGUUUUAUACCAAUGACGCCAAUUUCGAAAAGCCUGUGGACCUCUAGCGUAGAAAGCGCAGUCGAGUAUUGCAGGAUUAUUUGGGACUUGUUUCCAACCGGGAAACUAGUACGAUUUUUUGUCAGUGAUACGAUAGCGCACGUUUUAAAUAGUUGGAAUACGAAUCAACAAUCCGUCAGCCAUAUUUUAAAUGGAUGUGCUCACAUCGGUAUACCUCCAUCCCAUUCUCCUUUAAGAUCCACGACACCUACACCGGAUUAUACGGUGUUGCAUGGAUUAAGGGCUGCUAUUGAAGGGGUGUGUGAGCCGACAGAAUAUCAGAUAGAAAAAAUGAAAACAGAUGGAUGUAAAGUGUUGAACAGAUGUAGAGUUAUUUGUAUCACAUCAGCCAGAGAUAACGAAAGUAUGAAGAGGUUAGAAGAAAUAUUUCUUACAGUUUUGAAUCAACAAAAUAAAUUAGUUGCUGGGAAUGAUUCUCUGUUACCUAUAGAUCAUUGUCAUUUAGUGAUAAUCAAUACUUUUCCAAUAAAUAUUGAGUCCUCUGUAAAUAAUCAUCCUCCAAAAGUGCUGUCACCUUUACUGACUACCGAAGUUCAUUCUAUUAAAGCUCCACAAAUACCCAACAAACUUUCAUCUUUAAUCCUACAUCAUUAUGAUUUGGCCAGUACAACAGUCACAGGUAUUCCGAUGAAGGAGGAACAAAACGCCAGUUCUUCGGCAAAUUACGAUGUGGAAAUAUUUCACUCGUCUUUGGCUCAUACGGCUAUCCUGAAAAGCAACGCUUCCGAUUCGGCGGCGAUAAGAACGCCCAAAGAAGGCUUGGAAUAUGAUACGGUUACAUUAAAAUGGUGCACCCCAAGAGGCGUAACCGGUAACGAGCUACAAAACUGCACCGCAAUGCAUCGCAUUACUCCGGUAGAUGUCAAUUCUAGACCAUCGUUGUGUCUGAUUAAUUUCCUACUCAGUGGCAGAUCAGUGAUGCUGGAAAUGCCGCGAAAAGCUGGCGGGAAAAUCACCAGCCACUUGCUAGCGGCCCACGGGGGCGAGAUUUUUAUUCACACCCUGUGCACGGCCAGGUCGGUGCUGGAGGAUCCGCCCUCUAUAUCUGAGGGUUGCGGUGGCAGAGUAACAGAUUAUAGGAUAACGGAUUUCGGGCUGUUUAUCAAACAGAACACUUUGGUUCCGAUUAAAAUCAAAAUUGCUACAGACGAGCAAAAACCUAUAGAGAAAAUGAAGGAAAGACUGGCAAGACAGACGAAAUACUGGCCUUUGACUAUCAGUUCCACGUUGAUAUUCAAUCUUAAGCAGUAUAUCGAUCCGUUGCCAACGUUGAUUACUAAAGAACAAAUGACAGAUGAUGAGGUUUUUGUCUGUAAAAAAGUGAUUUUCAACCUGAUAUCACUAGAAUCCAAGAUGGAGCCCUUGCAUCCACAGAAUACUGGUCAGAGAUUGAAAGGACAAAAGAGAGAAGAACAGUACAAAGCUAUGUGGAAUGAACUAGAAGCCUUCAUAAAAUGUAACCUGCAUUCUGAAAACCACAAACUCGUCUACCAAUGUCUGCUGGAGUGUCACAAAUUUAGCUUUGACGAAGACAAAACGACCGAAAAGGUUGAUCUGGAUGAAGCCUUAAAUCAACUGGAUAACAUCGGAGCUCAAACGAAAGACGAGAAUGCUCAAAGAGCUUCGGUUAUAAGGGCUACCACUGACUCUCCGAUGUCACCUCCGCCACUGGCUAUAGCAGCGCCCUUUGGGAACAAGCACUCAAAUAAAGGCGGAUCGAUAUAUAAUACACAGAAGAGUCUGUUUGAGAUAUUCGCUGUGCAGGAGAAGAGUAAAAUAAGGCCAGAAUUCGCUGGUAGGCUUGGAGAUAGUCUGAUGGCAAAACUGUAUCCUAACCUUAAAACUGAAGAUCGGGGACCACGUGGUGAAGGCGGCAUGGAAGUAGAAUAAUAAAUA